GGAUUCUGCACUAAACGCGGGGCCCGGCACCAUAAAUACGCAGCGCCGAGCCGGGGGGCCCCAGCACUGAUUUCACUGGAUCUGUACCACUUGAGUUCUAGGGAGAACGGUGGCGGCAGUGACCAUGAAUACGCAACAGAUGGAGCAGAUGGGGCAGUUCAGGAUAACUGUCUGGGAGGAGGAGAACUUCCAGGGCAAGCGCUGCGAGUUCAUGCUCGAGUGUCAGAACAUCAUGGAGAGGGGCUUCCGGAAGAUCCGCUCCAUCAAGGUGGAGAACGGCCCCUGGGUAGGGUAUGAGUACCCAGAGUUCCAGGGGCAGCAGUUUAUUCUGGAGAAGGGAGACUACCCGUGCUAUGAGGCCUGGAGUGGAAACAGCAGCUACAGAACUGAACACAUGCACUCCUUCAGGCCAAUCAAAUGUGCUAACCACAGUGACAGCAAGGUGACUCUCUACGAGUGUGAAGACUUCCAGGGACGCAAGUUUGAGAUGUGCGAUGACUACCCCUCCUUGCAGGCCAUGGGCUGGUGCAACAAGGAGGUCCCUUCAAUUAAAGUCAAUUCCGGAGCCUGGGUAGCCUAUCAGUUUCCUGGUUACCGUGGAUACCAGUACAUCCUGGAGAGAGACAGACACCAAGGAGAGUACAGAAACUAUAAUGAGUUCAGCACCCAAGCCCACACCAAUCAGGUCCAGUCUAUUCGCAGAAUUCAGCACUAAGUCCACUUCACAGCUUCCCCUUGACUAUUAUGUACCUACCAUGGCAUGACAUGUAUUAAAAUAGGCAAUAAAGGCUUUAUUCAAACUACGGAAAAGAGUGCUUGUGGCCAUUCCUUGCUUUUUAGAAAGUUCCUCCCCCUCCGAAGAAACGGAACUUCCAAUCAAAUUUUAGAGUGGCAGGCCGUGGUAGAUUCUUAAAUAAAGUCACCACGGCAACUGCCUACUUUAAAUUUUAUUCCUGCACCAUAAACAAUGUCUAAGCAUUUACUAGAAUGAAACACGAAUUAUCAUGUGACGUAGCCAAAUUUUAUAGGUUUUAUUAGUUAGAAGUUAAUGGUCAAUAUAUUUUGUAUUUACUGACUAGGAAAGACUGUAUUGUUGGUACAAUACAAAAGCGAUACAAAAAUCUUAACUUGAUUUAAAAUCAUUUCUGUCAUGUUCUAGGCAUAGACUGUUUGUUGUUCCUGUCAGAUGUACUUUAUUUCCAAUAAACAAGAACACGAGA